AUGUCUAGCAACCUGAUGGACACAGUGCCCGGUGGCGAGACUCCUCAAUAUGAAUCUAUCAAAACCGUGGACAAACCCACUGAAACCCAAAGUGGACAACUGGGAGGUAAAAUGGCCUCGGGAUCAUCUGAGGUUGAUGAACAGAAGCAGGAAAAGGGUGAACAGACUGCGGAGAAUGUCAGAUAUGGACAGAACAUCUCCGAGUCUGGCAUGGGUGGGAUGACUACUACCAGUGAGGGCACUGCCAGUCAAGGUGGCUAUGGUGGUGCUGAAGCACAGGAAGGCGAGGAGAAGCCGGCUCAAACACGAAGAGAGCAGGGCUAUGGCCCAGGCUCUGGGGUAGGGGCAUGA